AUGGUGAAAAGAUUCAAGAUAUGGAUUUACAAGGAAGGAGAAAGACCUGUAGCCCAUGGUGGACCAGUAAAUGACAUCUAUGGCAUUGAAGGUCAAUUUCUUGAUGAAAUUGAGAGUGGCAAAACCCACUUUGUUGCUCGCCAUCCUGACGAAGCACAAGCUUUUUUUCUGCCCAUAAGUGUGGCCUAUAUCAUGCAUUAUAUCUACAAGCCUCGUAUCACGCUCUCUCGUGAUCAACUCCAAACCUUGGUCACAGAUUAUGUUCGUAUUAUAGCUGAUAAGCACAAUUACUGGAACAGAUCCAAUGGAGCUGACCAUUUCUCCAUUUCUUGCCAUGAUUGGGGGCCAGAUAUCUCAAGAGCCAGUCCUGAACUCUUCAAGUAUUUUAUUAGAGCCCUUUGCAAUGCCAAUACAUCAGAAGGGUUCCAACCCCAAAGAGAUGUCUCGAUACCGGAAAUCUUCCUUCCGGUUGGCAAGCUCGGACUGCCCCGCGCAAGUGGCCAACCACCAAGUAAGCGUUCAAUCCUCGCCUUCUUCGCUGGCGGAGCUCAUGGUCGCAUAAGGAAGGUCUUGUUAAAACGGUGGAAAGAGAAAGAUGAUGAGGUUCAAGUCCAUGAGUACGUUACUGAAAGGAAGAAAAAUAAUAAUCUUUACUUCAAAUUAAUGGGUCAAAGCAAGUUUUGCUUGUGCCCAAGUGGGCAUGAAGUAGCAAGUCCUAGAGUGGUAACGGCAAUUCAACUGGGGUGCGUUCCUGUGACCAUUUCUGAUAACUAUACAUUGCCAUUUAGUGAUGUUCUUGAUUGGAGUAAAUUCUCCGUUGACAUUCCGUCGGCGAAGAUACCGGAAAUUAAAACAAUUUUGAAAGGGAUUUCGUUUGAAAGAUACCUUGCAAUGCAGAGGAGAGUGAUCCAAGUACAAAGACAUUUUAUGUUGAAUCGACCAGCUAAGCCUUAUGAUAUGAUUCAUAUGAUUCUUCAUUCGAUAUGGUUAAGGAGACUUAAUGUUAGGAUGCUAUAUUGA